AUGCGUAAGCUGUUCACUGAAUUCUGCUCCAAAAGUACGAUACAUGGCAUUCGCUACAUUACUGAACCAAAACGGCAUUGGAGUGAAAGAUUAUGGUGGAUCUGUGCUUUCAUUUUAUCGUUGUUAUUGUGUGGUGCGUCAAUUCGAAAUAUUUGGAUGAAAUGGCGUUAUCAUCCGGUAACAGUGAGUUUCAUAGAGAAUGAGUUACCAAUUUCAGCGAUUCCUUUUCCCCAAAUCACCGUGUGUCAACAAACAAAAUUCUACAAAGAAAAAUUGGAUUUAACGUCUGCAUAUAGUAUGUACGUAAGCGCACCAGAGAAUUUAUCGCACAUUGAGUUAAUGCGAUUGCAAGCAUUAUUUCAUGUAUGCCCAAACGAUUUCUUCGAGCCGUACACUGAGGAGAAAUGGACCAAUAGUUCGAUUUAUGAUACCAUCGAGGAAUUAUCACCAACCUUCGAAGAGACGCUGCUUACCUGUGAAUGGCGAAGCACUACGUAUCCAUGUAAAGAUCUCUUUGCAUCAGUUUUCACUGAGGAUGGUCUGUGUUUCACUUUCAACGCCCUCAACUCACACGAAAUGUAUACCGAAAAUAUGGCCCCUGAAAUGAUGACCAUUACAAAUAAUGAAAAUGUAACACGCUGGAGCCUUGACAGCGGCUACAAAAAAGGACUUCGAAAAAAACAAUACCCCCGUCGUAUGUUCAAUGCAAAACAAGGAGCUGCUUUGAUGGUUGGUUUACGGUUAUCAACAGAUGAUAUUAGCUAUUUCUGCUCGGGUCUCAUUCAAGGUUUCAAAGUGACCUUGACUAUGCCGGGUGACACACGAAAAUCAUCAUCGCGUUAUUUUCAAGUUUUAACAUCGGAACAAUCGGAGAUCUUGAUUAAGCCGAAAAUGAUAAGAACAUCGAAUAAACUCCAUCGCUACUAUCCAAGUCAACGGCAAUGUUUUUUCAAUUCCGAACGUCAAUUGCAUUUCUUUAAAAUGUAUACCCAAAACAAUUGUGAAGCGGAGUGGGAAGAGCAUACAAAAAUCUGUGGCGAGGCAAAUAUUAACUGUUACAAAAAUGCCGAAAAGGAGUUGUUCGGUGAAGAUGUAAUGGACGAUUUGAAAAAUGAUUCCAUUAACAUGUUUCGUGCAAGGUGUAACUGUCUGCCUGCAUGCACCGCCAUUAAGUAUGAAGCCGAUAUCGAUCGUACCAAAUUCGACUGGUUGCAUGUGCUACAGUCAUUGAAUUUGCAGUCACCAAAUUUAAACGAUACGCAAUUGUCAAUUUUAUCGGUGUUUUUUGCUGAUCAUCAAGUUAUCACAUUACAACGCUCUGAAUCGUACACUUUUACUGACAUUUUGGCGAUUUGUGGCGGUUUGCUUGGUUUAUUUUUGGGGGUUUCAUUGCUGAGCAUCGUGGAAAUGAUUUACUUUGUUACACUUCGAUUGUUUUGGACCGUAUGGCGUGCGAGAAAUGACAAUGUUGUCGUACCAUUCAAACGGGAAACAAUUAUUACACGCGUUACCAUUAAAUCAAUCGACUCCCAUAAAAAGGAAUAA